GAAUCUAGUUCUCAGCAACAUACACAUUCUAAUAAAAACCAAAUAUUUUGAGCUGCAUCAAUCUUUCGUUUUUUUUUUUUUAAGAAAGUUGUAUCAAUCAAUCUCUUGAUCUAACAUGUUUUACUACAUUAAACAGAAAAAAAAAAGAAAGAAAAAAGAGAAGAGAAUCAGCACUGAUACAUAUAGUCUGUUAGCGUAAGUAGUCAAAAAUAAAAGUCCAAUGCCGUACACAACACGAUUUCUUACACCUCUGCUUACACAACACAUCAUUAUAAAUACCUCCUACACUCCCAAACCUUGGUAUAUCUCACCAUACACACACUUCCUUUCCUAUACUAAUACAUUAACCACACACACCCCUUGACACCCAAUUCUCUACCCCGAAAUCAUGGCUUCUUCUAAUGUAGCCAAAACACUAGUAAGCCUCAUUCUGAUUGGAACUAUUGUAGCCAGAGGAGCCCUGGCUCAAAACUGUGGCUGUAGCCCUGACCUUUGCUGCAGCAAAUUUGGAUUCUGUGGUUCUGGGGAUGCUUACUGCGGGGAAGGCUGCCAAUCUGGACCAUGUAAUAAUGGUUCUCCCAGUAAUCCAAAUCCAACUCCAAACAAUGGUGGUUCUGUAUCUUCUGUUGUCACACCUGAUUUUUUCAAUGGGAUAAUCAACAAGGCCACUGGGGACUGUCCCGGCAAGAGCUUCUACAACCGAGACGCUUUUAUCAAUGCUGCAAACUCCUUUCCCCAAUUUGGGUCUGGUUCUGCUGAUCAAUCUAAACGUGAGAUCGCAGCUUUCUUUGCCCACAUCACUCACGAAACUGGAUUUCUAUGCCAUAUAGAGGAGACUGGAGGAGCAAAUCAGGAUUACUGCGACGAGACAAGAACAGAUUAUCCGUGCAACCCAAACAAGAAGUACUUCGGCCGUGGACCACUUCAGCUGACAUGGAACUAUAACUACGGAGCUUUUGGGAAGGCCAACAACAUUGAUGCCUUGAACGAACCUGAAAAAUUGGCACAGGACGCCGUCGUUUCGUUCAAAUCAGCAUUGUGGUUCUGGAUGGAGAAUGUUCAUUCUGUGAUCGGCCAAGGAUUUGGUGCCACCACAAGGAAGAUCAAUGGUGCUCUUGAAUGCGAUGGCAAGCAGCCUGACAAAGUUCAAGCUCGAAUCAACUAUUACAAUGACUACUGCAAACAGUUUGGUGUCGCUCCUGGGGACAAUCUCUCUUGCUAAGAAUAUGUUUUUAUAACUUUUAAGUAUUAUUUCAAAAUAAUUAUAUAUAUAGAUGGUGAUCAGCUUUUUCUGGUGAUUCCUUCUAAUAUAAAGAUACACAUAUAUACCGGAAUAAAGAGGUGGUAGCAGCCUUGUUUGGAUUAGUCGAUACAAUCAGUACUGUUUCUCAUCAAAACGGCUUCAUUAUGAUUAUAAAUUGUGAAGCCAUUUUAACAUUAAUAUAUGUGUGCGACAAAAGAAAUUAAUAAUUAUAUAUGUAUGUUCCCA